CAAAAUAGGACAUCCCCUCCCUGCUACCAACCACGUAAAAAAAAAUUCCAUUUGUACCGCUGUUUGUAUCCAGUUCUCGGCUACUUCCUUUUCAACACUAACGUUCGACUGAGAGCAGUGCGUGCAGACGGCCUAGUGGACUAGGCCGACGAUACUUUAUCUUCUUGAAUCCUAGGCUAUAUGAAAACGUGAUCUGUGCACCAAAGCCUUCUCACAAUGAUUGGUCCAGAGAGAUUUCAGAUCAUAGUUGCCCUUGUCCCCUUUCUUCUCUUAACUCUGGGGGCUUUACACCUGCACAACUGUCCCAAGGAGCCCAUGGUCCCCAUCUCUGUCAUUGUGGGAUCAGUAUUCCUCAUGGUCAUACAGCUUGUUGCAGUGUGUGGUUGUCUUGAACUGUGUUUCAUCCCAGUUUUUCUGAUCCUCAUCUUUCUGUUCUGCUGGUUGAUUGCAGGUAGUGUGUUCAUCUACAGAGCAUUUCAACCCAACUUUGAGUCCAGACACUCCUUGGAAUAUUGUGAGAAGAUUCUCUACCAGUCCGCAUUCUGGUGCACCAACCUAGCGUGGGUAUUCAUAGUGGUUUUGGGGAUUUCUGGGCUGUGCAGACUCGUAUGGAGAUGGAGAGGUGCCUUUCAAAGAGCAGGUGACAUUGAAUGUGAAGGUGACACUGAAAAGGGAGGAGACGAUGAAAAAGAAGGUGCCUUUCAAAGGGGAGGAGAUGAUGAAAAAGAAGGUGCCUUUCAAAGGGGAGGAGAAAAAGGAGGUGACUUUGAAGAGAGAGGUGACACUGAAAAGGGAGGUGACGCCGAAAAAGGAGGUGAAAUUGAAAUUACUCAAUCACUCAAUUUUAAUCCAAACCAACACCUAACCUGAAAACACAAA